AUGUCAAGCAGUAGUAGCUUGAGUUACGGUCCAACGAUAGAUAUGACAGUAACUGCCGACACACAAGAAAGUGCUGAGAUAAAAAAUUCCAAUGGAAACCGUCCCAAAAACGCUCUCAGCAGAUCCGCUUCUAUGCAGGGCCAAUGGGGUCCCGAGCGUAUCGUCUGCGUACCCCGUGAAUUCGGUCAGGAAGGUCUGGGAAUUAGCAUAGUAGGCGGAAAGGCUGAUUUGACAGAUGAGGAAGGAAAACGGGACAUUGUUGGAAUCUUCGUCAAAAACGUAUCACCGAAAAGCCCUGCGGAGAAAACGGGCGGAUUUCAGACAGGAGACCGUAUUUUGGAAGUCGAUGGAGUAGAUUUACGAAAUGCUAGUCAUGAAAAAGCAGUGGAAGUUAUAAGAGGCGCUGAAAGUCCUGUUAAAUUUGUUGUGCAGUCGCUUCUUAAUAUGACACCAUCGCCGAGUACUGAUUUGCUGCAACCUGAGGGAGCAAAAUUAAUUCCUCAAUCGCCGUUUAGAACUGGGUCUGCAACACCUACUGAUUUUAACGAACCCAAGAAGCCGGAAAAGUAUCGAGAUCGCCUUCAAUUUCAAUACCUGUGA